GAAAAAGAAAAACACCAAGAUGGACGAUCAAGUUUUUGUUAUUGUUGUUUACGAAUAAUGAAAAGUUUGUAAAGUUGAAAGUUUUAUCAAUUUUAUCGAUGAAAAUAAUAAUUCUAUAUUGUACUUUGAUGUGAAUUAUUGAAAAAUUUUGGCGUUCGACAAAUGUGCGGAUCAUUCCCCGAUCAAUGUGAUGCAUCACCCGAGCAGAUAGGAUGGGUUCUACUCAAGGAGAAAUACGUAUUGGACCAUCUCAUCAGGCUAAAUUACCGAUUAAUCGUUUGAACGGAGCAGAUUCGAAUCCUGAUCCCGAAUUUAGUAAAGAAAGAGAGGAUAUAAGAUGGAUCCCCUGCAUGGCCUUAGACGGCGAUCUCGUCAUGUAUUUGAGAGCUGCAAGAUCAAUGGCUGCAUUUGCCGGUAUGUGUGAUGGUGGCUCUGCCGAAGACAGUUGUAUUGCGGCUUCGCGAGAUGGUACUACAAUCAAUGCCAUGGAUGUGCUACAUGAUUCAGGUUACGAGCCUGGUAAAGCCCUACAAACAUUGGUGAAAUGCCCUGUUCCUAAAAGUAUUGAGAAAAAAUGGACUGAAGAAGAAACUAAACGUUUUGUCAAAGGAUUACGACAAUUUGGAAAAAAUUUCUUCCGAAUUAAAAAAGAUUUACUCCCUCAUAAAGAUACGCCCGAAUUGGUAGAAUUUUAUUAUUUAUGGAAAAAGACACCUGGUGCCAAUAAUAAUCGACCACACAGACGUCGACGACAAGGAUCAGUACGACGGAAUCGAAAUACUCGUAAUACCAGAGCAGGCACUCCGAAGGAAGAAGUUUCGAGUAAUAGCUCGAGGCCAUCUCCAAGUUCCAAAGAUCAAGGUGAGGCCAGUUCGGGAAGUGAGGACGACAAUGAUAAUUCCUACGAUGAUUCGGAUUCCCGAGAAAACGGUGGUUACCGUUGUCAACAUUGCUUUACAACAAGUUCUCGAGAUUGGCUACAUGCUCCUAGUGGUCCAAAACAAGGCGCAUUGCUGUGCUACAACUGCCGUACUUAUUAUAAACAAUAUGGCGAAUUACCAGUGACCAAUCGAAGUGAGACGUAUUUAUUCCAACCUGUGCAAAAUGAAUCCCCCGAAGGUUCACCUGGCCGAAUGAGGACGAGGAAUAAGACCAAAGAAACGCCUACCAAAGAGAAAUCCACCAAAGCCAAACGAAGUGAAACCACUACGCCAGAGCCUGAAAGUGAUAAGAAAUUCACUAAUUCGACCGCUGAUUGUAAAUCACCCAGCAAUGUCAAUUCGCCUAGCGAUAAAUCAAAGAAAAAGAGCAAACCCGAACAAAGUUCUAGCCGUAAACGAACCAACAUCAUGCAAUCAGACAGUGCUCCGAAACGUAAACGCAGUGCCGAAAGCGGUUCCGGCGGCGAAUCAGAUAACGAGUCUUUGCCCGACGAAGCUGACUCAAACAGCCCCGCUCAAAAUGCCGAAGAAAAACCAAAGUCCGAAACUCCAAUUGCGCCUCCAUUGUUACCAAUUGCCGAAUUAUCCAGGCAAGACGAAACCGAUACCAAAAUCAAUAUCCCCCCUCCAGCUGCUGUCUGUCCUGCUGUAUCGUCACCCGACGCUAAAGAUACCACUCUUUCUGAUAAAUCUGGUAUCGGCGAGGACAGCUCCGAUGCGAAGAAUUCGACUACUGCAGAAUCCAAAGACAAAGAAUAUUCUGCCAGAGUGGAAAACGUACCAACAACGUCGAGCAAACCGUUCACCGAAUACGACAGUUCGUCUAAUUCGGCGAUUAAAAACGAAGAAGGUGUUUUUAAUUCUCCUUCGCCUGACAAAGAUGAAAUCUUACCCCCUGUACUAACUCCCGAAGAAAGCUACGUACCCAAAGAUGAAAUGCCUACUUUACACGCCAGCACAAAUCUGCCCGAUUCGAUGACCACGACUUCGUCGUAUUCGAACGAAAUGAAUAUCAAGUAUCCGGGUGGUUACCUUUCUCAAAUGGAAGUAGCCGUAGAUGCGAUUAAAAUGGAACCGGGACUGCAGUCCGGUGAUGAAAACAGUACCUUGGAACCUGCGAAUAAACCAAAUAUAACCGAAUCGUCGGCACUUUGUCUCGAAUCGCCGACGUCGUUCAGCCGGCACCCUGCCGCCUCGUCUGCGUCUCCAGUACCGUAUUCUCACAUUCCUCCCGAGUCGCCGAGACAAUCAAUGGAUCAAAAUCUAGAUAAAUCUUCUUCGCAAUCAGUGCUGUUACCAACAUAUAUUUAUAAUGAAAACGAAAGAGGCGACAAAACGUUGAAUCCUGCAGCUGUAUCGGUCGGAUCUUUGAAUUUGUCUCAACAUCAUUCCGCCUAUAAUCCGUACUAUCAUUUUCCACCGCAUCCCCAUGCUGAUAAAAUGGAGCCGUCUCCUUAUCUAGGUCCUAGUGCUUUGCAAAUGGAACCUCAAGAUUUGAAGAUAAAACAAGAGAUCAUACCACCCGAUCAACAACCUCCAUCCGUUGAUCCUCUGCAGUCAUUGAAAGAAGUCAAAGUACCUGGUUACUCGAAUACAUCCAUCUCCCAACCGCUUCUACCGACCACUACGAGCUCCGCUAUUUCGUUGAACGCGGUGGAAUCAUCGCAGCAUCCAGUGAGCACCAGAUCGGAUUCAAAUUCGCCGUACAUGUCCAACGUACCCAGCGAAGAUAUCAAAAAGGAAUCCGAAUCAUUCAACUCGGCCAGAGUAUCGACGCCUUUGAAAUCUCCGAGUUUGAAUUUAUCGAAAUUAUCCAACGAUAUUCCUCGUAACCUGUCUCCAAAAUUAUCGCAUACGCCGCCCUAUCAAUCGGCUCCGUUAACUACGCAGACAUCGACUCGUACACCUUCGUCGUCUCCAAUCAGUACUUCAACGGCUGGUCCUCUGGUGGCUCACGCAUCUCAACAAUCCUCUCCGUUGAAUCGUUCCUCGCCUGCUCAUCUGGCUCAUCCACAUGCCUAUAUGCCGCCCAUGCAUCCGCAUCAACAUUAUCUUCUGGCUGCGGCUGCGGCUCAUGCCGCAUCUGUACAUCCUUCUUAUUCGCAUCAUCCGUAUCCUUAUCCAUAUCCUUUUGCCUACAGUCCGUACCCAAUACCUCAGCCUAUUCCUCCUCCUAGACAGCUCGAGAACCAGAAACGCGAGAUCGAAGGACCUACUACAAUGAUGACCGCGCAUCAUUCGUCAUCUUCAUCUUCGUCCGUUACUACACGAUCGUUACGAGACGAAGAAUCGAAUGUGCAUUCGCAAGAGGUAACCCAAACUCAUCAUCAUUCUUCGUCGCAUCACGCUUCCAUUCAUCAUCAUAACGAAAAACAAACUAUCUCGCAUUCGACUAGUUCGAGUAGCUCGGCAUCGGUGCAGCAUAAAGUGAAAAGAAGUUCUAGUCCUCAGCAUUCAUCUUCUAGCUGUCACGUUUCGGCAACUUUAUCGCAGUCUACUUCAUCCUCAGUGUCUACUAAUCAUGGUCCAAAUACCCACCAUAGUCAUCACCACCAGCAUACUCAUCAUCAUCAAUCGUCAUCUGGUGAACGUUUAUCGCCUCUGAUGAAUAUGCCGAUGCAAUUAGGACCAGGGGCUGUUAUGCCACCGACUCAUCAUUCAGCCCUUUCAUUGUCUGGAUUACCGCCACCGCCAACUGGUUCCCUAGAAGCUCUGAGAGCUCAUGCUCAUACAGCUGCCAAUAUGCAUUCACCGUUGCAGUUACAACCUUCGCCUCACAGACCUCCGGAUGAAGACGAUAUACCGAGCCCGACAAAUCAUAUACCAAAAGGACCAUCACCGGAGCCAAAAAUUGAAGAUAGCGAAUGCCAUCGUAGUCAAAGUGCAAUAUUUUUACGUCAUUGGAAUCGAGGCGAUUACAAUUCCUGCGCUCGUACAGAUCUCACAUUCAAACCAGUACCUGAUUCGAAAUUAGCACGUAAACGAGAAGAACGCAUUCGAAAGCAAGCGGAAAAAGAACGAGAAGAAAGGGAGAAAAAUCAAGCUAGAAAAAUUACCACUCCUGAUAAACCGGAAACCGUCAAACCUCCUUCUCGUGGACCCAUCGAAACAAUCACCUCACCUUACGAUCGUUUCGCUCGUAGUUCCCCGUACGGUGAUACGCCAGCGUUAAGACAGUUGAGCGAAUACGCAAGACCGCAUACGGGUUUCUCACCUGUAGCUUUACAACGUUCGGCUGCCUCUCUUGGGCUACCACCUCAUUGUAUAGAUCCUAUAUUACAAUAUCAGCUCAAUAUGUACGGACCCACGCCACGAGAUAGAAUCGAACUGGAGCAAAUGGAACGUGAAAAACAGCUACGUGAACGCGAAAUCAGAGAAAUGAAAGAUAAAGAACUGAGUGAUCGGAUUAGAGAUGAGAUGAUACGAUCAGCCGGGUCUAGGAUUCCUAAUCCUAUGGAUCCUCAUUGGAUGGAUAUAUCAAGAAGAUUCACCGGAUUAACUCCCGGAGGUCCGGCUUUACAUCCAUUUGGACUCUACGCUGCCGGACAACCUGCCAGUUUGUCAGCAAUGGACAGAGAACGGCUUGAAAGAUUAGGUAUUAUGACUUAUGGGAAUGCUGGUGGUUUGGGGCCACCGUCGGUUGCGCAAUUAGAAGCAGCGGAACGUUUGGCUUUGGCCACGGAUCCUAUGGUGCGUCUGCAGAUGGCCGGUAUAUCGCCGGAGUAUCACGCUCACACGCACGCCCAUACCCAUUUACAUUUGCAUCCAGGACAGCAGUCUCAAGCUUCUCAGCAGUCAACUACUACCGAUAGUCCUGCGUUUUCUUUAGCAGGAUCAGCUGCCGGACCCUAUUCCAGGCCUGGUUUAAUUCCUAGAGAAGCUUCUAUGGCCAUGCAUCAUCCCUCAGAAUUAUUAUCUCGUCCAUACGCCGAUCAAUUGAUGCAUUCGGCGGCUGCGGCUCAAGAACAUUUACAAAGACAAAUGAUCAUGGAACGUGAACGAUACGCGCAUCCUGCAGCAGCGUUGAUUCAACAACAACAAGAGGACUAUUUAAGGCAACAGAAAAUUCGCACAUUAGAAGAAGCAGCCAGAGCAUCUCGGCCUUGAUAAAAUACCUCGCUGUGAUGUGUGAACUUGAAAUUCUGCGAUAAAAAAACUGGCAGUGUUCAAUUCGUCAACGCUUUCCUGGACUUCUGUUCGAAUAUGUCGACUGUGUCCUCACGUACAAGGUACAAGGUACAAGGUAUAAGCACGAAGGGAAAAUUGACGAAGACUGGUUGUUAGGGAUAAUAAUUGUUCGUGGUUUCAUAUGUAUAAUUUUUUAUAAAGAAAAUUCUGUACAUAAAUAUUUUAAGACUGGUGGAAAAGUGAUCGUUGCGAAUAUUUUUCCAAAAAUGUAUAAAUUACAAGAAAAGAUGCCUUCGAAUAGGGCAUGAGCACUUUUAAAUUUUUUAAGAUUUACUUCGCACUUGUAUAAAAUUUUAUUACUGCCUUUUUAAAUUUAUCUCGCGAGUUCGAGAUUUAGAGUUAUGGAAAUUACCUACUCGUAUUAUGGUUGCUGCAAGAAGCUGUAGGUUUGAAUGGUUUGAUAGGAUUUUUUUUUUGGUUUUGGAACAUGAACGAAGUUGUGAGAAUUUUUUUCUUUUCAGAUUUUACUUUUUUUUAUUCGUUUCCACCGUUAUAUUUCAUCAUUGAAUCACGAGUUGUACGCUCACUCAUGUCAUUUUUAAUUGUAUUUUUAAGAAAAGGCUUAUGAUUAUAGCGAGGAGUUUGUGUAUUUUACUAUAGAAUAUUUUUCUUUCGAAGAAAAAUCGCGUAUUUUUAUAAAAGUAGAAACUUUGUACAAUAAUGUAGAUAAAUUAAAUAUGUACUUUAGAAAGUA